UAAAACAAACGCAAAGAAAGCUCUGAGCUCCACUCAGCCCAAUUAAGGCGGACUUCAGCCGCUCUCUUACGUGUACACCCAACAAGAUCGGCGUUAAGGCAACACCAGAAUAUUUGGCGAAAAAAAAAAAAAAGAGGAGAGAGGGAGAGUUUUUUUUUUCUCCCAGUCUCAGAAACAUGUCGAUGAGUCCCAAGCAUACUACUCCAUUCUCAGUGUCUGACAUAUUGAGUCCUCUGGAGGAGAGCUACAAGAAGGUGGCUAUGGAGGGCACUGGCUUAGGGGCUCCCCUGGCUGCCUACAGACAAUCUCACGUGUCUCAGCCUACUAUGCAACAACAUGCUAUGGGCCACAAUGGAGCUGUAAGUGCAGCCUACCACAUGACAGCGGCAGGGGUCCCCCAGUUAUCCCACACCACCAUGGGGAGCUACUGCAAUGGCAACCUGGGCAACCUGGGCAAUAUGAGCGAGCUGCCACCCUACCAGGAGACCAUGAGGAAUGGUUCGUCUACUGGAUGGUAUGGGACCAACCCAGACCCCAGGUUUUCUACAAUAUCUCGUUUCAUGGGUCCCUCCAAUGGGAUGAAUAUGGGAGGUCUGGGUAACAUGGGCUCCCUGGGAGAUGUGGGGAAGAGCAUGGCCCCAUUGCAGAGCACCCCCAGAAGGAAGCGCCGGGUCCUGUUCUCCCAGGCCCAGGUCUACGAGCUGGAGAGACGGUUCAAGCAGCAGAAGUACCUGUCGGCCCCAGAGAGGGAACACUUGGCCAGUAUGAUCCACCUCACCCCAACCCAGGUGAAGAUCUGGUUCCAGAAUCACCGUUACAAGAUGAAGAGACAAGCCAAGGACAAGGCAGCCCAGCAACAGAUGCAGCAGGACAACAGUUCAUGUCAGCAGCAACAGUCCCCAAGACGGGUGGCAGUCCCAGUGUUGGUGAAGGACGGAAAACCAUGCCAGGCUGGCUCUAAUACCCCUACAGCUGCCCUGCAGAGCCACCAGCAACAGGCAGCCCUCACAGUAGCCACCAAUAGCUUGGGGCAGCAUCAAAGUCACCAGACAAACAGUGCAGGUCAUUCUCCAGACAUGGGUCAGCAUUCCAACAGCCCAUCCAACCUUCAGAGCCAGGUCACCAACUUGUCCCACUUAAACUCUUCCAGUUCUGACUAUGGCACAGCCAUGUCCUGCUCCACCUUACUAUAUGGUAGGACAUGGUGAAAGAAACCAACCUUAGUCCCUCUGUCCCCAAACAACCCUCCUCAUCUCUUCAAAAAAUGGCAACAAAAAAAAAAAGAAGAAGAAAAAAACUGCAGUACUUUGGGGGGCCGGAUUUAUAAGAGGGUUUCACUGAGCAAUCCAAAAAGAGAAGGGGAAGGAUAGAAAUAGUUAUUAAACUGGAUGGAUGGUACUCAAAACGUCAAAUGGAGAAAAGGAUUGGACUUCAAAUACUUUUUCUAUGACCAUCACCUGCCUGUACAUAGGGCUAUGCUAAAAGCUUGGGGACGAUUCCUAACCCCGUAAUGACAAUACUGUACCCUUCAACAAAAAAAGGGGGGACAGCGGUUGUAUGUUAUUUUUUAAUUUCGAUGUGAAAUUGUAAUCUUCUCUUUGUUGAACUUGGCAUAUUUAGUUUUUAGUAUUCUGUACAUUUUUGGUUGUAAAGAAAAAAAAAAUUCAAGGCUAUCAAGAUUUUUUAAUAGAAAUUCAACUAUGGAUGUUCAUUAUUUGAGAGCAAUUUGUAAACUGGCCCCUCUUCAUAAUAUUGGAUGCUGUAUCUUGCCCAGAUAUCUGGCUUCGAUAUAGAUGAUAACAAAACCAAUCGAAUAAAUUAUUCACAUUUGAAUGAAA